AUGAAAACUAUUUCCCGAGAGGUGGAGGGCCUGUCGAAAAUCAUCCACAGAGACCUCAAACCCGACAAUAUAUUAAUCGCCAAAAAUGUAAGCAACGGUAGAUUUUUGAAGUUAUGUGACUUCGGUUUGGCUACAGUUCACGACAAAUAUAUUCACAAUAAUACACAAUAUAAACACACCAAAGAGGUCGGGGAUGUCCACUAUAUGGCACCAGAAGUAAUUCAGGGCCGCAAAUAUGAUCACAAGUCCGAUAUCUAUAGCCUGGCACUUAUUGGCGGUGAAAUAUUUGACGUGGAUGUUUCAUGCAUAGAUACGAGCAAUACACAGCUCAUUAAACAAUGUAAUCUGGGGUAUACCUAUAAAAAGACCCUGCACGCUAUGGUUAUCGUUAGUUGCGUGACCGCACAUGAGUCCCAUGGCGAGGGAGGAGGACAGGGAGGACAUGGAGGUAAAGGGCAUAGUAGUCAAGGCAAAGGUGGCCAUAAGCACCGGGAGGGUGGCAAGUCCAGAAAUAGCAAUAGCCAGCAAGUCGAAAGUACAACAAUGGUUCCCGAGACCCCUACCGGUACCGGUCCGGCAUGUAAUACAACAAAGCAGCCUAAAGAACACCUACAGGAUCGACAUGGAAAAGCACGCCACCAUGCUAACACAACCAGUACAACACCUAGCAGUGGCCAAUGAUCUGGUUCAAUUAAAAACAUUAUCCUUAUAUGAUAUGAAUUUUAAAAAUUUUAAUACAAUUUGUUGACAUUAAAUAAAUAUUAAAAUUAGCAUGUAGUUUAUUUAUUAAAAUUACAAAUUAAU